GAUAUUUUCAGGAAUCAAACUAACCUAGUUUGGUUAAAAUGUUCGCAUGCAGCAGGACAGAGGUCGGCCAUUGCCUAAAUUUGGCGAGUGGGAUGUGAACAACCCUGCCUCCGCUGAGGGAUUUACAGUAAUAUUUAACAAGGCUAGAGAUGAGAAGAAGACUAAUGCUGCUGGGAACGUUGCAUCACCACGAAGAAAUGGUAAUGGAUAUAAGCAAAACGAGGAUUAUCAUUAUUCACCAAAGAGGAAGUGGUUUGCUGUGGUUGACCCCAUACUUUCAUACAGAGCCUUUAAUCAGUAUAACACGCAUGGUAUGAUGUUAUAAUAAUGGCGAUUUCUGAAAGAACUUGUCUGUGUAUGCAGCACACUGAUGAGCAUGGAGUGGUUUGUGAUCUUUUUUUUUUUUUUUUUCUUCUCAUAAACUUGUGCUUUAUCCUGCUUCUUCUUUGCUUGUCAUGCUUGCCACAGACCUAGACUCCGGGAGGAAAGUCAUGGACAAAUACACGAACCUUUUAUUUGAUGUUCACUAAGGAAAUUUCUAUUUCGUUUUUAUA